ACUGCCGCUCUUUCUUCCGUUUUUUUUGUCUUCUUACUCUCUCAGAUCCGCCAUUGUUACUUCUUCUUCGUGUUCAACGACAACCACAAAUUAACGUUACUAGAAUUUCGAAACUUCGAAUUUUCCAACAACAGGAAGACGCAGCCAUUGAAGAUUUUCUCCUUUGCUCGAUUUAGUGAACUUGUUUUUUCCUCGAUAGAUAGAAGUUCAAAUCUUGCUUCAUUCUAGAUAGAAGUUCAAAUCUUUACUUAUCAAAUCGAGUCUUUGGCCAUGCCCUCCGCGAAGAAGAUUUCCGACCGGAACCACAUAGGACAAGUGUUCAACAAGUUGUUGAAUCAGAUUGGAGAAGCAGAGGAGUUUGAGUUGCCGGAUUGGUUAAACAAAGGGAAACCUACUCCUUACAUCUUCAUCAGGCGCAAUAUAUACUUGACGAAGAAAUUCAAAAGGAGGGUUGAGGAUGAUGGAAUAUUCUGUUCUUGUUCCUUGUCCCCUGGUUCUUCUUCUUCAACUGUCUGUGGGAGUAAUUGCCAUUGUGGGAUGCUAUUCUCAAGCUGUUCCUCAAGUUGCAAGUGUGGGAGUGAGUGUAACAAUAAGCCGUUCCAGCAACGGCAUGUCAAGAAAAUGAAGUUAACUCAGACAGAAAAGUGCGGAUCAGGGAUUGUAGCAGAAGAAGAAAUCAAACAAGGAGAGUUUAUCAUUGAAUAUGUUGGAGAAGUUAUAGAUGAUAAGACUUGUGAAGAAAGGCUUUGGAAGAUGAAACACCGUGGCGAGACGAAUUUCUAUUUGUGCGAGAUAAACAGAGAUAUGGUGAUUGACGCUACUCACAAGGGAAAUAAAUCGAGAUAUAUUAAUCAUAGUUGCAACCCUAAUACGCAGAUGCAGAAAUGGAUAAUUGACGGCGAGACAAGAAUCGGUAUUUUUGCCACCUCCGACAUAAAAAAGGGAGAGCAUUUGACUUAUGACUACCAGUUUGUUCAGUUUGGUGCAGAUCAAGACUGCCAUUGUGGGGCCACAGGUUGCAGAAGGAAGCUUGGUGUCAAACCUAGCAAACCUAAGUUAGCCUCGGAUGAAGCACUAAAUCUAGUGGAAUGUGAAGUGGCCCAGACUCUGCCUAAGGUACAUGAAAAUGGAAGUAUACAUGAAGGAAAAUCAUGGAAUAAGCUUAGUCAAGUGCAAAUAUGUCCUCGUAAUUGCAUUGGUAUGGUGAUCAGGUUAUCUCGCCCCACGAGUGACAGGUGUUUCGGGCUCAUUAGACAUUUUGAUGAGUUUUCAAGAAAGCACUCGGUGAUGUUCGAGGAUGGUGUUACCGAGUUUAUCGACAUGUUGAGAGAAGAUUGGGAGAUUGUAAGUGUCUAACAUUGCAUUCAGAUUUCUUUGGAAAAAUAAAGGUUAAGAAAUCCGAAACACUUAUCUCCAAGAAAAUGUAUUGAAAACCAUUUCUAAAGACGAAGUUAUAUUUUCCCUUUUAUGUAGAGGAAUACUCUUUUCUUUUGAUGAGCAUCUUAAGACGAUGAUGUCUUGCAACAACUUUGUGAUGUAAAAGUGUACCAUGAACUGUUGUUAUAGUAUUACAAGUUUUUAUAUCGUUUA